ACGUCUCACCUUUCAGCUAAGAUAGAGAGGGGGAGAUAUUCGAAAAGUUCAGUCUGCCCUCGGCGCGCUUGCUUGCAACGCACGACUAGCCCUCUCAUUAUUGGCCGCCUGUCAGCACCGUAACAGACUGCAGAUGCAAGCAUUCAAACAAGAUCCGCUCCGUUUCUGAGCUGAGCAGACCAUGCAGGCACAGGCAGUUUGAGUAGGUUUUGAAAGAGGGAGGACGGAAGGAAGGAAGGAAGCAAAGAGGGAAAAGGAGGAGAAAAGAGCCGGAGAAAAGUUUGUUAGGAGACUCGUGACGGAGACGUUACCGGUUGGUCGUAAAGCGCACGGUUAAAGCCUGUUCAGAGCUGGUAUCGCGGGACAAAUCUAUCAAAGAAACAUACAAGGGUCCGUCAUUGGCUGCUGACCCGUGGAGAGGGGGAUUUUAUUGAUAUUCGACAGCUGCCGGGCACUCGCCUGCUUCUGUUUGCUGGGAUUUAGAUGCGUUGGGAAGCCACCAUGCAGAGCGAUCCCAUUUUGUUCGCUUCCAGGGCCAUGGAGGAGUUGGUGUGUGAGCUGCGUCUGUUCCUGGACCUGCUGGACAGGGAGUAUCUGAGUUCUGGGGCCAGGGAGAAGAAGAUGCUCAUCUCCAACAUCCUCCACAGGGUCCUCACCGCUAACGAGCCCUCGUUCAAGUCAGAGAUCCACAGCAGCCUCCCGGCCCCCCCUCAGAUGCCCCUCCCAGAGAUCCCACAACCCUGGCUGCCUCCAGACAACGGGCCUCCUCCUCUCCCCAGCUCCUCUCUCCCAGAGGGCUACUACGAAGAGGCCGUCCCCCUCAGUCCUGGAAAAGCCCCAGAAUACAUCACCUCCAACUACGAUUCGGACCAGAUGAGCAGUUCGUAUGAGUCGUACGACGAGGAGGAGGAGGACGGGAAGGGCAGAGGGAAGAAGAUGCGACACCAGUGGCCUAGCGAGGAGGCCUCCAUGGACCUGGUCAAGGACGCGCGUAUCUGUGCCUUCCUGCUGCGCAAGAAACGCUUCGGCCAGUGGACCAAGCUGCUCUGUGUCAUCAAGGACAACAAGCUGCUGUGCUACAAGUCAUCUAAAGACCAGACGCCCCAGAUGGAGCUAGUGUUAUCGGGCUGCAGCAUCACACAUGUCCCCAAGGACGGCAAGAAGAAGAAAGACGAGCUGAAGAUAGUCCACCAGGGGGCAGAUGCCCUGGUCCUGGCCGUGCAGAGCAAAGAGCAGGCGGAGGAGUGGCUCAAGGUGAUGAGGGAGGUGUGCAGCAACGGAGGGGACUCGGAUGGAACAGGCGCCGGGUCUCCUGUACACAAGCCCGACCUGGAGAAGAAGGUGUCAUGUGAUAGGCCGAGCUCAGAUGGCGAGCCGCCCCAUGAGAACGGACACACCGUCACCGACUGUAAGGACCAAGGUAAAGGAAAGAAGGACUCUCAGAAGAGAGGCACGCUGGGAAAAGGGGCGGGAAAGAAGAUAACUAAGAUCAUUGGCCUGGGCAAGAAGAAGCCGUCCACUGACGAACAGACAUCUUCAGCCGAGGAGGACAUACCCACCUGUGGCUACCUGAACGUGAUGUCCAAUAACCGCUGGCGUGAGCGUUGGUGUCGUCUGAAGGACAACCAGCUGUUGCUCCAUAAGGACCGCGCUGACCUGAAGACCCAUAUGGCCAGCCUUCCCCUCAGAGGCUGCGAGGUCAGCCCCGGACUGGACUCCAAACACCCCUUUGCCUUCCGCCUGCUCCGCAAUGGACAGGAGGUGGCUGUACUGGAGGCGUCCUCCUCAGAGAGUAUGGGUCGGUGGUUGGGGGUGCUGCUCGCUGCGACUGGCUCCACCACAGACCCUGCUGCCUUGCACUACGACUACAUAGACGUAGAGACUACCGCUAACGUCAUCCAGCUGGCCAAGCAGUCCUUCUGCUUCACUAGUAAACGUGUUGUAUCUCCCAACCCCUAUCUGGACAACCCUGUGAACGGUUAUGCCUGCCCCUCUGGAAUGGCACUGCACUAUGAUGAUGUGCCCAUCAAUGGAACGCUGAAGGGAAAGAAGGCCCCGGUGACCAAUGGGACAGCGUCUAAACAGAAGGUGGACAAGAACCAGGCCAAGAAGACCAAUGGAACAGCCACCAAUGGAACAACCGGUGGAGCAUCUGUGAAACGCAACAACUCCAGUGCAGAGCAGUAUAAGUACGGUAAGAACCGCGUGGAGGCGGACGCAAAGCGGCUGCAGGCCAAAGAGGAGGAGCUGAUGAAGAGGAAGCAGGACAUCAGGAACCGUCUGACCCAGCUGAAGAAGGACAGGAAAGACCUGCGCACCGCCAUGGAGGCCAGCACCGGUAAGCGUUCCGCUGCGUCUCUGGUGGAGCGGCUGAAGAAGGUGGAGGACGAAUGCAAGCUGAAGGAGGACGAGAGGGUGAGCCUGGAGCUGGAGCUGACGGAGGUCAAGGAGAGUCUGAAGAAGGCCCUGAGUGGAGGAGUCACCCUGGGACUCACCAUUGAGCCCAAGUCUGGCACCUCCAGCCCGCAGUCCCCAGUGUUGCUGAGGCGUACCCUAGAGAACUCUCCCAUCUCCAGCUGUGACACCAGCGACACAGAGAGCUGUUCUACCCUGCCCGUCAACAGCGCCUCCCUCCUCCGCAGAACGGCCAAUCAGAAACCCUCGACCGUCCGCGGCCACGUCCUCAGGAAGGCCAAGGAAUGGGAGAUGAAGACGGGCACAUAAGCAGCAACUCUCUUCACAACGAUCCUAUUGUACUAGCUUAUUUUUUGUGUGUGUGUGUAUAUAUUUAUUAACUUUUCACAUGGGGAAGAAGGUUGAAGAGGAGGACACUACAAUCGUAGCAUAGCCAACCAGAAAGACAAUAAGGACAAUGCUGAUUUGAGUAUACUUUAUUUCCAAAACAUAAAGAAAUAGCACUCUUUUUGUAGCUUACUAUUGUAUAAUACCGUGUAUUAUAUCUGGCAUGUUUGAACCACUCUGUCGUGCGGUUUGGUAUUCGUCCAAUCAUUUUCUUUCUUUUCAAGCAGACAUCCAAUCAUAGACGGUCUUCUGUGAUCUGUUUCUCCAUCACAUACAAAUCUGGUUUCUACAACUCUUGGGGUUCAAAAAUCAAGUGCAAAACCAAGUAUUUAUUUGUAAAUGUUUAUUAAGUAAACAUCCCUGUGAUUAUUUAUAUUGAUAAUAUUUAAUGCUUGUUUUAUAGUGUAGCUGGCUCUCCGUAGGCGCCCAGGUUAUCUUUCCUACUCAGUUGGAGGCUCUCUAGUUCACGAGCAUAUGUUUUCGAGUGGUAACGGCACUGCGCCACUAAUGUGCACGUCAUCUAAAUGGGUUAAUCGAAUCAUCAGUCUCACUGUUAGGCAAUUCGGAUGAUUUGCAGGUCAUCGAACCAGCAACGCACCUACUCCCUACUGGUUGAUGCUUGUGAGUGGGCCGUUGGAACGCUCCACUCAGUGAAGUGCAGGUCAGGCUAAGGCGUGGUCCUGUCCCGGCGAGUUGGAAAACUCCUAAAACCUCAAGUAACGUGGCCUCUUCUAUUUAAGCUUGACAACCAGGAGCCUCGGCCCAGCUCUUUUAAUCAUGCCACUGGUGUACUGUAGCCCUGUGAUCUGAUCUGGUGUGUGUGUGUAUGUGUGGCUUGUGUGUUAGUGCGCACGACUGUGUGUGUGUGAGUGAUCGUGUUUGU